AGUAGUACAGGGGAUGACCAGAGACUGCGGACACAGUACAGGAGGUGAUCAGAGACUGCGGACACAGUACAGGAGAUGACCAGAGACUGCGGACAUAGUACAGGAGAUGAUCAGAGACUGCAGACACAGUACAGGAGAUGACCAGAGACUGCGGACAUAGUAGAGGAGAUGACAGAGACUGCGGACAGUACAGGGAUGACCAGAGACUGCGGACAGUACAGGAGAUGACCAGAGACUGCGGACACAGUACAGGAGAUGACCAGAGACUGCGGACACAGUACAGG